AUGAGUGUUAAUUAUAAUAAUAUUAUAUUUGUAAUAAAGGUGCUUUAGAAAUUGGUUAUAAUUCAAAACAAGUAAGUAAGUUAUCAUAUGAUAGAAUUAAGAUUAGAGGUUGGCUAAAAACAGGUUUUAGCUAAAAAAAAUUUAUUUAUGACAUUCUUUACAAUUUUUUUAUCAAAGAUUUAAUUAAAAUGAAUAUUUUGUUUUUUUUGAAUGUCUUAUUUAAAAGCUAAGCAAUUGAAUCAACUCUGCAAACAAAGAUAUAUAAUUUUCCUAUGGAAGUGGGCUAAUCUAAUACUAUUUAUUUGUAAGAGUACACGCCAGAAAUCUUUUAGGCUCCAUUUUAUUAAAUAAGAAAAAAUGAAUUGAAUAUAACUCUCCUUCAAUCAAUAUCCUAAAUCUAUUAUUAAACACUAAUUCCAAGUAUAUUCAAUUACUAAUAUAGAUGAAUUAAUAUAAUUGGGAUCUAAUUAUAUAAUUUAAUCAGAACUCUUUUCAAAUAAUUUUUGGAUUUAUACUUAAAAAUAAACUCUACUGUAGGGAACAAUCGAGAAUAAUGGAGAAUUUUAAUUAACUUAAUUAAAUAUGAAAUUUAAAAGUAAUAAAAUAUAAUUAAUUAGAUUGCUUCUACCUAAAUUUAAUUUCUAAUAAUUUUGGGAUGCUGAGCUGCAUUAAUAAUGGAGUUUUAUAAUUUAAUUUGAUAAAUUCGACAAGCAAGGAAAAUACUAAUUACCUUACAAAUUAUACCUUUAUAAAUUUAUAUACUAAUCCAAGUAGUUAUAUUAGGAUUUAAAAUACUUCAAGUUUUACAAUCUAAGUUGUUUAUACUACAACAUAAAAUGCAGUGAUUGCCUUCUUUAUUUAUAAUAAUAACAAUAUAUACUUUUAAAACUAACUUAUUUUUAAUGGUAAUUAUACUUAGGCCAUCUUAUCACAAAAUUUCAACUACUUCUUUUUAAUGAAUAGUUAAUUUGUAUAUUUAGUUAACUUAGAAACUACAGAGAAAGUGAUUCAAAAAGUAAUUGAUCAUAGUAGUUUAAAUUCAUAAAAUUAAUAACCUUUUACAUAAAUGGCCAUAUUACAAAUUACUAACAAUACAUUUCAUAUUGUAAUCUUACAAAACUUAAUGCUUACAUCUUUUUAACUUGAAAUACACUUUAUAUAAUAGUUUAUCAAUAUGCGUACAUUUAUUUUAAAUGAAUAUCAACAAAUAAAAAAAAUUGAAGUAACAAUAGCCAAUAUCUAUAUUAUUACUAAUUAAUUUAUAUUAAAACUAUAAUGUAAAAGUUCAAUUAUGGCUACAAAUUAUUAUUAACUCAAAGAAGGGACAUUUGGACUUAUUUAAUUAUUAAGAGAGAUUGUUAUUGUUUAAGAAUAUGUUAAGGGUUAGUCUAUUUUAUCAACUUAUUUGCUCAGUCAACCUUAAAUAUUAAUUUCUGAAAAUGAGUCCUAAUUGAUAUAAAAUUAUAAUGAACCAAUAUUACUUGAUAUUUUAGUUAAUUCUUAAUCGAUUACAUAAUCAGCUUAAUAUGUUUUUAAAUUGUAAAUCUAUCAAGUAAAUAUAACAUUGCACUAAUGUCCUCUCUUAUAUGAAUAACAAAUGGAUAACCUAUUUCUAAAAUAUCCUGAAUAAUUAAUAAUACCUAAAAAUAAAAUAUUCUUAGGACCUAAUUUGACAGUUUCAAUGACUUCAAACAAUAGUUAAUAUCUAUACGUUGGAGUACCUGUAAUAUCUUAUGGAUUGUGGACGAUCCAAAAAGCCAUUUAUUUAGUCAUUUGUGCUUGGAUUCAAUCUAUUGAAAUUUAUUGUACUUAAUAUUAAAAUUAGACAAUUCAAAUUUCACUUUGGAAUCCCUAUUUUAAUGGAUAAUCCUUUUUCGUUAAUUCUACUUAAAAUAUAACUCAUUGCUAAUGUUUUUAAUCUAUUUCAGAAAUUCAAGUGUUACUUUAAUUUAAUUAAACUAUUUCUAUUUAAAAAUUCAACCAUUAAUUAAAUCCUGAUGGAGAUAUGAUUUAAUUUAAUUACACAGUUCCAAUAUUAAGCUCUGUAAUCUUAUAGAAAACAUUGUUUGUUAUAACAAAUGACGGUAAUUUAAUUGCUAAUUCUUUAAAUAAUUAACAACCUGUAUUUACAAUAUCCAGCUAUUAAUUUAAUUGCAUUUACAUAAAUUAAAUUGACUAUCCAAAUUUCUUAUUUAUAGAUAAUGUUUAUGAGUUAAUAAUUCUAUCCUAUAAUGGAUAGAAAUCAUAUGAACUUGUGAAUUCAAUUGAAUAUCCUCUCUUUUCUUAUUAAAAUAUUUCUUUUGGCAUAUUACGUGAUGGAAUAUUUAUGGCUUUUAGCAAUUAGUCUAAUAGUUUUCUAUAUUUUUAUCCUAGUCUAAAUAUCUUUAUACAGAAUACAAUAUAAAACUAUUAUUAGAUUAGCCUCUAAGGAUUUUAAUUCUAUAAAAAUCCAAAAAUUUUAAGUACUUUUACUUCAAAUAAUUUCUAUCUUUUAUUUUAGCUUUAACAGAAUGCUUAUUUAGCUAGAUAUUAAGCAAGUGGUUCCUAAUUUACAACAUUAUCCUAUUUUUAAUUUUUCUUUCAUUUGACUAAUUCUAUUUAGUUUUUACAGAUGAGUUCUAUUUCUUGGUAUUAACUUCAAUAAGAGAUAAAUAUUGUAUAAUUUUUUACAAGCUCCUAAGUAUCUAUAAAUCAUACUUUUCUUAAUUUUGACUUUGAAUUCACUACACAUUAUACCUACAAUCAAUUAAUGGUUUCAGUCGAUCUAAAUUAUUCAGCAUCCAAUUAAAAUUGUACUUAUUUUCAAAACUAAGAUGCAAUUAUUGAAUAUGAUAUGAAUAUUUUAUUAGCAAAAGACUUUAAUGAAGCUUAAGUAUAUAAAAUUUAAGAUAAGUCUUAAAUUAUAAUUGAUCCAAAAGAAUUGUUUAUUGGAAAUAUAUAAAAUUACACAGUAAGUUGUGAUACAUGCAAUUAAUUUGAAUAUAUUUAACCUAUAUCCAUGGAAAAUACUUCUACGAUAAAUGCCUCCUUUUAAGCUGUUUUAGAUUAUUAAGGUUUAGUAUAUCUUUAAGAUAAUAUUAGUUUAUAUUAAUUACAACCUAAAGCAAAAUUAAAUCAAUACAUAAAACUAUAUGAUUUUUCAGUAUAAAACAACACAUAUUGUGAAGUACUUUUUAUUGAUAUGGUAUCCUAAUUUCCUGUUUCUAUAUGUUCACCUUCCUAAACAACAAUUUAUGCAUAUAAUAUCACUUCUCAGCAGGUUAUUAUGCAUAAUUUUUCAGAAGUUAGUCAGUAUUUCACUUCACAAUACAAUAAUGGUAUUCUUCAAGUUUUUACAAAAAUCUCUUACAAGCUUACCUUUACAUUAAAUUAUUUUGUAUUUUAUUUUUGGAUACAAAAUAAUACAAUAAACGUUUAAUAAAUAUUUAACUCUAAUGGGGUUUGCCAAUAUUCUUUCAUUAAUUAUGUCUAUUUAAGCAUGUCACUAAAUUUUACUGCCUAACCAUGUUAAACAUUUGGAUUUAUAGCAACAUAUAUAUCAGGCGCUAAAAAUAAUUAAAUGUUUCUAUUAUAGACCUGUAUACCUUAAAAUAUAAGCAUAAAUUUCGGUUUCUAACCUAAUUAAACUACUGUAUCUGGAAAUAUUUAUUUUUAAGUUUCAUCAUGGAAUUUAAAACAAACAUAACCAAUUACUUGGCAAUUUCAAGGAACUGGUACCAUGCAGUUAGGUUCUCCAAAAUAACUGUCUGAAGAUCUUAUUGAAAUCAAAUUAAUUGUUCCUUAUCCUGAUAAUGUGAAUUUAUAUCCAGUAUUAUUUAAUUUAACCAAUGGAGAACUCAUUGCAUUUUUAGAAACACAAAUUUUCUACUUAGCUUGUAAUUAUAGCUUAUCUUCAUAUGCUGUUUUAAUUGGAACGCCUGGAAUGUUUAUGAUAACAAAUUUCUAAAUAGAUGGAUACUAUAGUCCCUAAAUUUAUUCAUAUGAAAAUUUACAAUUUUAAUUGAAUAACACUUUAAAAAAAAAUGUUAUUGGAAUCGCAGGGUUUGAGAUGAUUUAAAUUAAUCCUAAAGGUGCUUAUUUUUCUCUUUUAAAUGGUAACUAUUAUGUUCUAGUUAAUUCCACACUUUCUUAAAUUUUCUAUGUUUAGAAUUAUCUGACACUCAACAUUGAUUUAACUGGAAUUUAACAAUCAACUAUUGAAAUUUAAAUUAACAAUCCAUAAAGUUAAUCUAUGCAAAAACUAUUUAUUAUCAACGAAAAGUAUUAGACUGACAAAUAUUAAAAUUAAGGUAAGUUCACUUUGCUUAUUGUAAUAUUAUCUAUAUUAGUAUUUAUAAUAUUAUUGGUAAUAUGGUAUUGUUUCAAAACAAGAAAAGGAUAAAAUUUCAAAUCAAAUAGUUUUGAAUUGAUGGAUACUUGA